AGCUGAUUUUGACAUUACCACAAAGUGUAAACAAUGCGUACGUUAUUGUUUUUCUUGCAAUUUUCCUCGUAAAAAUGGCAAAUUCUUCAACUGUAUCAAUCCGAAUAUGCCAGGAAGGGCAUGCAAAUGCUCUGGCACUCAAUAAAGACUGCACCCAGAUUGCCGUUGCAGGCAGAAGUCUCCUGAAAGUGUUCUCCAUUGAAAGUGAUAGCUUCACCGAGGUGUGCAAUAUGCGUGGAGGAAAAAAUCAAAAUCUCAGCUAUUCCUCCAACGAUGUGACCUGGAGUUACUUGGAACAGAACAUUUUGGCUACAGCAGCCACCAAUGGGGUGGUUUCUGUGUGGGAUUUAUCACGUUUUGGACGACACAAGCAACUACUUGUCUAUCAGGAUCACGAACGUACUGCACAUUCAGUGACCUUUCAUCCUACAGAAGCCAAUUUGCUAAUUUCUGGAUCUCAGGAUGGAACAAUCAAGUGCUUUGACACUCGCAUAGAUAAAGCCAUCAUGACGUACUUUAGUAAUUCCGAAAGUGUACGAGAUGUAAAAUUCAGUCCUCACAGUCCAAACACAUUUGCUGCUGUGUCUGAAAAUGGAACCGUUCAACUCUGGGACAUCCGGAGGUCUGAGAAAUGUACAACACAAUUUACAGCUCACAGUGGUCCAAUUUAUACCUGCGAUUGGCAUCCGACUCAACAGUGGUUGGCAACGGGAAGCCGAGACAAGCAAAUAAAGGUCUGGAAUAUGGGCUCAAAAGCAGCUUUAGAGUACACAAUACACACUAUAGCCGUAGUGGGACGCGUCAAGUGGCGUCCGGAUAAGAUGUAUCACAUUGCUAGUUGUGCACUCGUCGUGGAUUACAGUAUCUACAUCUGGGAUGUUAGACGGCCCUACAUUCCCUAUGCUUCCUUCAAUGAACACACAAAUGUGACAACGGGUAUUGGAUGGAAGGGAAGUGAUCCAUAUGUGCUACUCUCCACUAGCAAAGAUUCAACAAUCUACAAGCAUGCUUUCAAAGAUGCCCAACGCCCUUCCAUGAGGGCCAAUCCUCAGGGGGCUUCGGUCAACUAUCGAGGAGAUUUACUGUAUGCCUAUAAGACCAAAGUAACACCACCCAUUACACCUAGCAGCUCCAAGGCUAGUCUUUUGAGUACAAGACCCAAGCAACCCACAAAGACUGAUCACUUUCACCUGGCUAAAUCAAAUCUACAGAAUUUUCUCUCAAGACCCGAUCAGGGAAGUUUCACCAAAGACGUAUCCCAUCUAUCGCCUCUCCGUGAAUUUCUGAGCCUUAAGGGUUGUGCCAAGGAGUACAAAUUGGUUGGUAAGUGCUUGGCAGAAUUGUGCGAACACAACAUGAAUGUGGCCAAAAAAUAUGGGAAAGUACAUGUUGCAAUGCUGUGGAUGUGGGUCAAAAAUCUUUAUGCAACAACAACCUUCAACAGUAACGUGAAAUCUGAACCACGAACUUCAACAAGUGGCUCAAAUCUCCUGGGAAGUCGUCUAAUGUCCCAAACGUCGAAUCAAUCGACAAAUGUUUGGGAUGAAAAUGCCGGAAGUCGUGAUGAUGAUGAAAGUGUUGGAUUGAAGCCAGACGACCAGAACCAUUUGGAGCAGAAAAAUGGGGAAUUGUUCAAUAACAAUCAGACAAGAAUAUCUUAUCCACCAGUCAAUGAUGACGAAUCGGACAUGUCUUUCAAUGAUUUUAUUUUUGGUGACGAAGAACUUACCAUUGAGCACAUGGAUGUGACGCAUGUGAAAAAUCUAAGAAAUGGAUUUCUCUAUGUGGGACCUCAUAUGUGCAAAGAAUGGUCAUUACCCAAUUCACCUCUGAUUGGCAGCGAUUUGCAUGCAGCAAAGCAUGAAACUCCCCCUGAGAGUUCACAAGAAACUACACCUCCUCCCCAUCCACCAAGUCUGAUAAAGAUGAGUUUCAUGCCGUAUGUGCCAUACUGGGAACCACACGAUGUUCUUGCCGAUUGUCUGACUCUCCAAGCGGACAUUGGGGAUGUGCAGACGUCUGUAUCUAUCCUCAUUGCUCUAGGGGAGAAGAGAAAUGAGCUGCCAAUAGACAAGGGUGUCCACGAAAAUUGGCUCUUGGCUUACAUUGACCUCCUCCAUCGACAUCAAAUGUGGAAUGAAGCGACUGAGAUAAUGAACUUGUCAUGGAUACCCAACAUUUGUAUGCUAAAUGAGCAAUCAACGGCAGUUUAUACGAAUUGUGGAAUUUGUGGAAAACACCUGACGAGCAGGGCAGGAUGGUAUUGUGGAAAAUGUCGUUCUUCUGAUGCUUCAAAGUGCAGUGUAUGCAAUACAAUUGUUCGAGGGCUCUAUGCUUGGUGUCAAGGAUGCUCCCAUGGAGGACAUUUGGAUCAUCUCAAGCAAUGGUUCACUAUUCACUCGAGGUGUCCUAUUUGUGGGCAUUUGUGUGAGUAUGAAUGAAAAAGACGAAACAGCGAACAAAGGAAAGGAAACAAAAAUGCGUGUACGCAAGUUGCUGAGAUGAAUAAAGUCGUUUUUUGUAUGGA